AUGGAGGAUCUGUCUGCCGACGAUGACAUCCUGUCGGACAUCCUGCUCGAUACGCUCGAGUUUGAGCCGGCCAUCUCGACCCACAAGAUGAACCCCAACUACCGCGGCCAGCGCUUCGACAGGGGCACCGUCAGCCAGAUGGUCCGGAAGCGGGUCGUGGUCGAGCGGGAUGUCGGUGCGGCUGUCGAGGAUCUGGCAAAGCUCGGGAUCGUCGCCAAGUACCUGCAGAAGAAGACGCAGCGUCAGGUCGCCGGCUUUCAAGCCCACGCACGCCGGUAUCUCGAGACCUACCUACCUGACAGCGGCGUCGAGUUCGCCCUCACGACCCGCUACAAGCGGGUGAUGAUGGAGCGGCUGGCUGCCAAGGCAACUCCUGCUCCCGUCGGAACAUUGGCGGACGCAGACACAAAGGCGGGCGAGUCAUCGACCGCGGGCCAGGUCGGCGAGGCGAAGCCCAGGGAAAAGCCCAAGGGUCGCCAGUCGCUGGACCGGGCUGCCACGAGCAUCGGCGCAGCGCCCGCGGCUUCCGAAAAGGCCGACCUCUGCGUGCUCGCCAUGCAGGAAUUCAAGCCGGGCGAUCUCAUCUCACACUGCAAGGGCGGCCUCAAGGACCUCACAAAGAGCGAGGACGAGGCGCUGCGCGAGGAGGCAGUCAGCUCGAGGGAGAAGCGCAAGGAGGCCGAAUACAAGGGCGUCCUCGGCCCGGGGAGGGAUUUCUCGGUGAUCAGCUCGUCGCGCAAGGGUUGCAGCCAGCUGCUCUUGGGGCCCGCCCGCUUCGUCAACCACGACUGCAACCCCAACACCGAGUUUUACCGCAUGGGCAUGCAGAUGACCUUCAAGGUGAUCCGGCCGAUAUCGCGCAACGAGGAGAUCACCACCUACUACGGCGACAACUACUUUGAGUGGGCCAACAGCGAAUGCAUGUGCGCCACCUGCGAGCUCAAAGGCGUCGGCGCCUUUGCCGACAAGGGCGAUGCCGGCCUUGUUGCUGCUGCAGCCGGCACCGGCAUCGGCCCUGGCACCGAGGACGCCGACGGUGGACUGGCCGAGGAGGGCCAGGACGGCGCGUCAGAGACCAACGGCGAGGGUCGACGGCGCCUGCCGCGGCGCACCGGACGGCAACCGGGCGCCGAAGGAUCUGCCGUGCCUUCGCCUUCGCCCACUCCCUCGGCUUCGAUCAUGGGAUCCGCAGCCGCUGCCGAAGACGGGUCGUCGGAGAGCAAGUCGAGGCGGGACAUCCUGGCGGAUCUCAAGCUGGCGCAGCACGGGCCUUCCGAUGACCGGUCCGACCCGUACGCGGAAGGGGCAGGUCCUCGAUGCCGCUGCCUCACUUGCGGCGCAACGUUCUGGGCGCCCGAGAAGUGGUGGACCCCCGACGAGUGCCCGCGGUGCGAGAGGCACUACAAGAUCUUCAAGGCCGACUGGCCGGAUCGCGUGCCGACCGAAGGGCUGCUGGCGAGGAGGGGGAGCGGCAAGAGGAAGCUCGACGUCGGCCUGGACAAGGAGAGCGAGAAGAGUUUCAACGCCCGCCGUGUCGAAGCCGCCGCGGCGCUCGAUCAGGCGACGUCGGCAAACAAGAAGCGCAGUCGGCCGGCCAAGGCGGCCUCGCCACCUGCAGUGCCAGCAGAGGCGAGCGAUGGCGGUGUCACGCCGAGCAAUCCGGCGACUCCGAUCACCCUCACGCCUUUGCGAGACGCCCCGCCGACGUCCCUGACCGCCGGGCGCCCGAUAAAGACCAAGCCCAAGGACUCGCCGCUCCGACCGGCCCAGGCCACUGGCAGCCCUUUGUCCCGGCCGUCUUUGCCCAGCGCGACGGGCAAGUCUUCCACGGCAGGAGCGGGCCCGUCAAAGGCAGGGGCUCGCUCAGUGGAAAGAAAGACUUCUGCUGCUGCUGCAACGGCGACCGCGAUCGGGACGCCCAAGCCCACCAGCAGCUCCUCAGCGCGGCUCCGCCAAGACUCGGACGAUUCGGAUCUUACACCCGAGUCUGAAUCCGACUCUGACGGCGAGCGGCGGCCUACGACCCACGGGUCUUCGGCCAUCGCUGAUGCCGCGACACGCUCUUCGUCGAGUGCCAGCCCGGGUCCGAUGGGACCCAAGAUGCUGGGCAAGCAUGCCAAGACGGACGUGCUGGCGCAGUACUGGGGCGCUCCAAUGACGGACAAGCGCUCGAGGCGCAAAUCGUCGUCGCAGAACAAUCCAGUCCUCCUAGGGCUACGGAAGACGGCCGCGGCCGCGGCAGCAGGUGCAGCAUCGGCGGGGUCGCCGACAGCAGGGGAAGGGCGCAAGUCGGCUCCCGCUCGGCAGAUGCAUGCGAGCGACUCGGACGAGAUGCCUUUUGCGUCGUCCAAGAAGGGGUCGCGCAAGCGACCGGUCCAGUCCACGCCAGACGAGGACGAAGACGAAGACGAGUACCACGAUGGCGAUGGCGACGGCGACGGCGAUGGCGUCAAAGAACCGGCGCAUCCCCGGCCUCCAGCAAUUCCGACCGCUCACCAUCGCAAGACGGCGAGCAUGGGUGAUCUAUCCGGGCUGGCAGCACAGCCGUUGCCGCCUGCCGCUCCGCCGCGGGCCAGCUCGUCGACCUCCCAGGGGCAACCCGAACCUCAGCCCAAGGCGCGGCUCGGCACGGAUGCUGCGCGGUCGACGACCCCGGUCAGCGACAAGAAGCACGUCCCCGGGACGCCCGUGGCCAUCCCCGGGCUCGCCACCACCGGCGUCCAGCGGACCUCGGAGUCGAACCUCGCCCUCUUCUGGUCCGCGGGCGUCGAAGGAGGCCGAACACGGAGGCAGGUCCCGCGCGAGCCUCAGAUGCUGACCGCAGCGCACACACCCGCCAAGCGAUCUCGACCCAGCUCCGAGGCCAGCCGCAGCCGGACGCCCGAAGUCAAGCGGCCGCGGAGCAAGCUGGGCAACAGCAGGACCGGCGACAGCCCGGCAGAUGGCCCCUCGCCAGCCGCGACGUCGACCGUCAGGGCGGUCAAGGCAGAGGACAUGGACGUCGACAGCGGCGACGAUUCCGCCAAGGACGAAACCGUCCGACGCCCGCUCAAGGACGCUGCGAUCCGAGGGCCAGGUGGACCGCUCGGGGCGGAUCCAACGACUGGCUGUGGCAACGGCUUUCCGCCGCCGGCAAAGACUCCGCUCCUGCCUCCGGCAACGCUAAUGCGGCCGCCGCCACCGCACGUGCGGCCUGACCUGCUGGCGACGGCAGCUGCGAGAUCCAACUCGCCGUUGGCAGGGCCGCCUCCUCCCGGCCUCCGGGCGGGGGCGCCUGGACAGCCGAUCCGCAGGAACUUGCGGUGGGGCAGCGGAAAGACUUCGGUCAGUCGUCCUCUGGGCAGCGUCAGCCCGCUCGGGCGGCCUCUCCUCGGCCCCAAUGGAAGUCCCGCGCAGGCGCUGCCGAGGCCGCCGAUGGAUGCCGCACGAGUGCUGCAGUUCCAGUCUUCUGCAGGCCCCGACCAGACGCAGUCGAAGCCGCUGCCAUCCGCAGCACCCGUUGACCCCGCCAACGGGAUCGCGACUCCGACGCAGUCGGCGCCGCCAGAGCUGGAGACAAGCUCGCUUCCUGCGCCAUCCCAGUCGCCGCCCGCGCCCCAGCCACCGUCCAACGGCGCCAGUGUGUCGAGCGCGAUCAAGCAAGAGCCGGCCCUUGAUACGCUCCAUGUCAAGCUGGCCGACGUGCAUCGCCCGAACGACAUCAUCGCGGAGCCCGUCGGCCACGCCCGCAAUGGCCACGACGGCAACGGGAUAGACACGGCCGCGGCCGCGUUGGCCAGCAACCUGAGCUCGGCUCGGCCCGCUGCGGCCCAAGCGGCUGAGGAAGGGGCUGGCGCCGCCAUCGUCGACGCGGCGAUUUGGCCCGUCGCGCAGGCUGAAAGUGGCGCGGCCGUGCCACCGGCUCACUUGGACGACCCAUGGACGCCACCACCACCUGCUGCGCCUCUACUCGAUGCUGGCGAUGCGCCCUCGACGGUGCCGACCCUGGCGCACCCGGCCAAGGACGUCGCCGCCUCUCCCGCCUCGAGAUCCGCCAUCUCGUCGGCGCCCUCUUCGCCCUCGUCCAACGGGCAGUCGCUGCAGCGACGGGUGUCUGGUCGAGCGCGCAAGCCGCCAGAGAUGGCCGCGGGCCAGAUUCCCUACAAGGGCAGUCUGGUGAAGCUGGCCGCGCAACGCGCCAAGGACGCCAAGAAGGGAGACUCGCCCGCACCGCGCACGGCCGCCUCGACGCCGCAGCGCAGUCCCAACUCGACCAAGGGUCACGCCUUGGCAUCGCCGGGCUCGCCGGACAAGCUCAUCACUUCGCUGGACGCCGCUGCGGCGACCGCCAUGCCGGACGAAACCGGGCACGUCGCGGCUUUCGGCAACGGCGUGGCUCCAGCCACGAACGACGAUGCUGCCAAGAGCGGCCGGGCAGCCCUCGAUCCCCACGCCGCCAUCCCAAGUGCCGAGGGAGAGAUCGUUUCGGGAUCCUCGGGAAUGUCCGAGCGCAUCGAGCGCAGCUGA